ACCAUCGCAUUUCCUCUGUUUCAAUGGCUUCUUCCACGACGACCCUUCUUGGCCCACCUUCCAUCUCCGGCGAUUCAACGAUCAUCAAACCAGUCACCAUCCAUUCACCGGAAACCCCUGUUUCCGAUGAAAACAGUUUAAUCUCCCAAACCGCUACACUAAACCUUGAAGAACCACCACCAAUGGGUCUAACGGAGAAUUUCUCGCCGACGUUUCUUUCCUCCGGGAACCCAUGUCUUGAUUUCUUCUUCCACAUCGUCCCCGAUACAUCUCCCGAUGAUCUGAUCAAAAGGUUAGCUAUUUCUUGGUCUCACGAUCCUUUGACUACGUUGAAACUUGUAUGCAAUCUCAGAGGAGUUAGAGGAACUGGGAAAUCAGACAAAGAAGGGUUUUACACAGCUGCGUUUUGGCUUUUCAAGAAUCACCCAAAAACCCUAGCUUUGAAUGUCCCUGCUCUUGUUGAUUUUGGGUAUUUCAAAGAUUUGCCUGAGAUUCUGUUUCGGAUCUUGGAAGGUCAACAGAUGGAGAGAGGGAAGAGUCGGGUUUGGAGGAAGAGGGUUCAGAGGAAAUUCAAAGGGAAGAGUGAGAAAAGUGAAGAGAUUUCCGGUGAAAUGGAAGAUCGGAUUCUGGAAAAUGUGGAGGAGAUUGGUGGUUCUGUUGAUAAGGUAAAGGCUAGGGCUUUACGGAAACAGAGAGAGUUCGAAAAGGCGAAAAAGGCGGUAGAGAGGUAUAACUCUGAUGCUAAUUAUAGAUUACUGUUUGAUCGGAUUGCGGAUUUGUUUGCGGUUAUGUUGAAAUCGGAUUUGAAGUGUUUGAAUUCGAAUGAGUUGAAUAAGAUUGGUUUAGCUUCAAAAUGGUGUCCUUCUGUUGAUUCUUCGUAUGAUAAGACUACUUUGAUAUGUGAGGCGAUUGCUAGAAAGAUGUUCCCUAGAGAUGAGUAUGAAGGUAUCGAAGAAGCGCAUUAUGCGUAUAGGAUUAGAGAUAGGUUGAGGAAAGAAGUUCUUGUGCCGUUACAUAAAGCGCUUGAGUUUCCGGAGUUGUUCAUGAGUGCAAAGGAAUGGAAUUUGUUGAAGUAUAAUAGAGUUCCUUCUGUUGCUAUGAAGAACUACAAGAAGCUGUUUGAGGAACAUGAUAGCGAGAGGUUUUCACAGUUUUUGGAGGAUGUGAAGUCUGGCAAGAAGAAGAUAGCGGCUGGUGCGUUGCUUCCUCAUCAGAUAAUCAAGCAGCUGGAGGAUGAGAGUGGGAGUGAAGUUGGCGCGGAAGUUGCGGAGCUUCAAUGGGCGAGAAUGGUGGAUGAUCUUGCCAAGAAAGGGAAGCUGAAGAAUUCAUUGGCAGUUUGUGAUGUCUCUGGAAGUAUGUCUGGUACACCUAUGGAGGUUUGUGUGGCGCUCGGGUUAUUGGUUUCGGAACUGAAUGAAGAGCCGUGGAAAGGGAAAGUUAUCACCUUUAGCGAGAACCCGCAGUUGCACAUUGUCACGGGUUCGAGUCUGAGAGAAAAGACUGAGUUUGUCAGGGAAAUGGAUUGGGGAAUGAACACGGAUUUCCAGAAAGUGUUUGAUCGGAUUCUAGAAGUUGCAGUCGAGAACAACUUAACCGAUGAUCAGAUGAUCAAGCGGUUGUUUGUGUUCAGCGAUAUGGAGUUCGAUGAUGCAAUGACAAACAGCCAUUCAGAGGUGAGUUACCGACUGAGUGUGGAGGACCGGUUGAAGAUAGCGAAGCAACGGUCCAAGGAGAAAUGGGAGACAGAUUAUGAGGUGGUUCAGAGGAAGUAUAAUGAGAAGGGUUUUCAGAAUGUUCCAGAAAUGGUAUUUUGGAACUUAAGAGACUCAUCGGCUACACCCGUGGUGGCUAACCAUAAAGGAGUAGCUAUGGUUAGCGGGUUUUCGAAGAAUCUACUGACUCUGUUUCUUGAGGAAGGUGGGAUUGUGCAUCCUGAAGAUGUCAUGUGGUUAGCCAUCAAAGGUGAGGAGUAUAAGAAGCUUGUUGUUUAUGACUGAGAUACACACACACAAGGUUUGAUGCUUAAACAGUAACACCAUCGUUUCUAUCAAUUUCUUUGAGUUUAUAUCUAAGAAAAAAAAACUAAGAAGUUUGAUAAUUUUUAUUGUUUUGUUUUUGGUUUGUGGAAUUAUGUGUGGAAUGAAUCUUGUUUAACUUU